AUGACAGUCUCCGAAGACUCUGCUCAACCGAAGAGCGUCCCACGCUGGCGUCUGGUGUUUGAUCAAGGCUGUGUAUCUGCCGACAUCGCAAACGACCACUACAAUGGCUCAGGCACAGAAGAAGACCCCUUCCAAGUCUCAUGGUCGGAAACGGACGAGCGCAAUCCCAUGAACUUCUCCGAAGUGAGCAAGUGGCUGAUCACAAUUCUGGUGGGCGUGGCCACCAUGGCCGUCGCCCUAGUCUCAUCUGCGUACUCCGGUGGUAUCAACGAAGUCAUCCUCGAUUUCCGCAUCAGCGAAGAGGUUGCAAUUCUGGGAAUUUCGCUAUUCGUCGUGGGCUUUGCUGUCGGUCCACUUGUCUGGGCCCCACUCAGCGAGCUUUAUGGUCGUCGCUAUAUCAUGAUCGCUAGCGCGGUAGGCCUCACGGCCUUCACGGCCGGCGCGGCCGGUGCUCAGAAUAUUUGGUCACUCAUCAUCCUCCGCUUCUUCGCUGGCACCCUAGGCUCUGCGCCUUUCGCUGUAUCUGGUGGAAUCAUUGCCGACACCUUUCCCAGCGUCAGUCGCGGAUUAGCUAGUGGGCUUUAUUGCGCUGCCCCCUUCUUGGGUCCCACUCUCGGCCCUAUCAUCGGUGGAUUCCUUUCUGAAUCUGCGGGUUGGCGAUGGGUGGAGGGUCUCCUAGCCGCGUUUGCAGGGGUGUUGGCAAUUAUCAUGAUCUUCGCGUUACCGGAAACCUACGCACCAGUUUUAUUGCGCAAGCGCGCUGAGCGUUUGUCUAAACUGUCAGGUCACCUCUACCGGAGUAAGGUCGAUAUCGAGCAAGGCAAAAAGUCACCGGCCGAAGUCUUGAAGGUUGCUCUCUCCAGACCGUGGGUGCUUCUAUUCCGCGAGCCUAUCGUGCUUCUGCUUUCGCUCUACCUCGCUAUUAUUUACGGAAUUCUUUACCUCAUGUUCGCAGCAUUCCCUAUCGUUUUACAAGUGGAACGCGGCUGGAGUGAAGGUCUCGGCGGCCUUGCCUUCCUAGGAAUAUUGGUUGGCAUCAUGUUCUCAGUGGUGGCCACAUUCCCCUUCUACUUCCGAUACAAGAAGAAGGUCCUCUCAACACCAGGUCGCAUUUCCCCAGAGGAACGUCUCCCAGACUCAUUUUACGGCGCCAUCGCACUCCCAAUCGGCCUUUUCUGGUUCGCGUGGACAAACUCUCCACACGUGCACUGGAUGGCACCUAUUGCAGCCGGUGUUCCUUUCGGUUACGGCAUGGUGAUGGUGUUCCUUCCCGUGUUGAACUAUCUGAUUGACGCAUACACUAUUUACGCUGCAUCUGUGCUAGCUGCGAACGCUGCGCUGCGGUCGGUCUUCGGUGCAGCUUUCCCGCUCUUCACUACACCCAUGUAUAAAAACCUAGGCAUCCACUGGGCAUCGAGUAUCCCUGCUUUCCUAGCGCUCGCUUGCGUGCCGAUGCCCUUCCUCUUUUACAAAUAUGGUGCAGGCCUCCGGGCUCGAUGCCAUUGUGCCGCACAAUCCGACGCAUUCAUGGAGAAGCUCUUCGGGAAGCCCGUCCAGCCCCAAAAGGCUGAGGGGGAAGAGGCGGCUGGUGACUCGGCAUAA